GCUUUAAUUUAAUAACUAUUCUUUAUAUUUUAAGGUAUUUCUUAGUGAUUUAUCACUGUCCUUUGUGUAAUUUAAGUGCCUUUUUACCAGUAUAGGCGAAGCCUGUAAUCAUGGAUGUUUUAUACGACGAUUUAGAGAAUUACGAUGACGUUGAAGCACUGAACAGGCUGAAAACAGAAAAUUCUGACCUGAAGCACAAACUAGAAUGUUGCACUGUGAACAUGCAAAAGUUGCAAAAAAGCAUUUUGCAGGAUUUUGAUAAGCUGGAAGCAGAGUUCAAGAGACUAGAAUCAAAUUAUUCUUCUCUGCUGAAAAUUUCAAGAGCUGAGAUACAGAGGAAGACUGAUAUGAUCACAAAUCUUAAUAUUGAGAAAGACUUGUUAGUAAUAAGAGCAGUUCAACAUGGGCCUGCACAUAAAGUGCAAGAGCUGAUAAGGAAUGUGCAUGAAGAAACUGGAUCGAAGCGCAAAAAGAAAAACCGGAACAAAGGAGGAGGUCCAAAAGGAAGGGAAGAAUUUAUAAGGAGAAAAAGCCGCCAACAAUCACCUGCAGCUACGUCAACUGCUACAGACAAUUCAUAUAAGAUGAUAGACAACGAAAUUGUUGCCGAUAGCAACAAAUCUAGUAGAAUGGAUACACAAAAAAAUGAGCUACAGAAACCACCUCAUGAGGUGUUCCCAGACAAUCGACCUUCAUCUCCCGUUGCGGAUAAACGGGUCACAGCAUUAUCUUGUCCCCGUCUUGGCAAGUUAAGCUCUGAUGAAGAAUUUGAAGAUAUGUAUUCUGCAUUGAAACCAAAAGCAUCUAGAGAACCUGAAGGAACCCGCAAAAGGGGUCGAGAGGUUUCUCAAGAUGGGAAGAUGUUAUAUAACAGUUCACAUGAUAGGCCCUUAAACUAUCCUGAUCCGUUUAGAGAACGAUCUAACAGACAUAGAGCUGGCAGAUUUUCUGAUACUGAGAGAAUUACCAGAGAAAAACAGCAUAGUGAACCCGACAGAAAUAUCAAUAGGGGUAAACACCAUUAUGAUAGAAACAGAAAUAUGAGUGAUUUGCAACACCACAGAUUUAGUCCUGAAAGACAUCGUCGGGGCGCGAAAGAACUUGGGGAUGAUCGUUACAGGAAUAGGCGGUUGGAAAGCCCACCACGGGAGAGGCAACGCUUAGAUAGCCCUCCUAGGGAGAGAUCACGCCUGGGAAGCCCUCCACAAGGAAGACAAGCAUUACGCAAAAGGAUUCUCGAGCGUCGAAAGUCUUACCACGGGCGGACGGGCUACAACCCAGAGAUACACUCGGUCUUACAUAACAUUCAUGGUGAAUAUGAAGAACCACAGAAUAAGAGACCUAGAAUUGAACCAUACCCUGUUCCCCAGGAAGAGAAAAGGCCAAGCCAAGAGCAGUAUCAUAAUGAAUCACAGCCUCCGAACGUGGGGAGUCACACAUAUCGGUCGCCAGAUUUUUCACACGCGGAAGAAUCUUCUAACGAACCCCCAACAGCCCAGACUGAAACCAGAAGUAGGACUUCGUCUAUCUUUGAGGAUCCCAGAUUAAGCAGUGACAGAUAUGUUAAGUGCUCGGAAGGCAACAAGCAUAUAUCACAGUCUGCCAAUGCUAAUGAAAUACAUUUGCAACCCGUUGACACAACCCUUUGGAACUUUGAAGAAGUCCAGGUGCCAAAAGCUUUAAGAUUGAAACCUUUAGAAAUCAGCGAAGAACAUGUUGAUAAAAUGGAUAUAGAUAAGCCUUUAUCUUCAUUAUCCAUGGAAUCCGGUGAAAUACGUUCUGAUACUGAAACAGCUUUGGAUAUUUAUGAUUUUCAAGAAUUUAAUAAACAAAUCGGUAAUAGUGUUCCUUGUAUAAAUGAAAGUCAAAAAACUGAAAUUAAACCUCACAAAGAAAAAUCGCCCAUUGAUAAUAGUAUGCUUGGAGACAUUGUAAAAAGAAGUGAUACAUUCAUUAAGGGAACAAAAACUACAAGACUCGAAGUAGCAAAGAUGGAGAAGGCGAACAAUCAUAGAGCAGCUGAGUCUAUGGUAUCAACUUCUAAAGAUAGUCAUAAAGUUAAUACAACAAUGCACUUAGACAACAUUAAAUUACCAAGCGUACUGCACAAGCUGAUUCACUCUAUGAAUGAAGAACGACUUGAAGGAGAUAAUUCUGUUAAGAACACUAUGGGAGAAAAAGAACCUAAACGAAUCCCCGCAUCCAGCAUAUCUAAUAAGUCUGAAAAGUCAAAAGCAAAAACUAAAGAUGACAGAGAAAAUCAAAAUGAGUCAAACUUAAAGACUGAUAAAAACAAGGCAGAUGAACUUCAAAAAGGAUCAGAAAAAGAGCCUAAACGAAUCGGUGCAUACAGGAUACCAAAUAAGUCUGACAAGUCAGGUUCAAAAACUAGAGAUGACAGAGAAAAUCAAAACAAGUCAGACUUAGAGACUGACAACAACAAGACAGAUAAACUUGAAAAAGGACCAAAAAAAGAACCUAAAGUAAUCGCUGCAUACAGGAUACCAAAUAAGUCUGAAAAGUCUGGUUCAAAAACUAGAGAUGACAGAGAAGAUCAAAACGAGCCAAACUUAGAGACUGACAACAACGAGACAGAUAAACUUAGCAAAGGAUCAGAAAAAGAACCUAAACUAAUUGCUGCAUACAGGAUACCAAAUAAGUCUGAUAAGUCUGGUCCAAAAACUAGAGAAAACAGAGAAAAUCAAAACGAGUCAGACUUAAAAGUUGCCAAACACAAGACAGAUAAACUUGGAAAAAGAUCAGAAAAAGAACCUAAACGAAUUAAUGCAUACAGGAUACCUAAUAAGUCUGAAAAGUCAGGUCCAAAAACACACACAGGUCACAGAGAAAAUCAAAACAAGUCAGACUUAGAGACUGACAACAUCAAGACAAAUAAACCUAAAACACGUUCAGACAAAGAACCCAAAAGAAUUGCUGAGUUGGAGUUGUCAGGUAAGACAGAAAAGGAAAGGUUAAGAACUACCGAUAAAAUGCUACACAAAAAUGUACCUGAAGUGAAGAAAACAGAUAAUCUUGAAAAAAUAACCGAAAAAGGUACAGAGAAGGAGAUCAAACGCAUCACAGAGUUGAAUGUAUCCGAUAGAAACGAGAAAGCAAGUUUAAAAACCAAUGAAAUAGAACAUAAAAAUGUGUCUGAUAUGAAGGCCAAAGAAAAACCUGUAAAAGAAACUGUAAAUAAUGUAACAGUAUUUCGCGAAUUUGAACAUAGAGUUUACUCUAGGCAUAUUGUCGAAGGCGAUUUAGAGCUAAGCGAUGAAAGUAAUGAUGAAGCACAACUUAAAUUAGAAGAUAAAAUUGAGGAGAAAAAGAAGAUAACCUCCAAAAGCAAAUCUCAUCGAGAGACAUCCAAAGAUAAGAGUGUAAAUUCGGAAGAAACAACUAGAAAAACUAGAUCUCUGAAAGAUACGGAGAAAGAAAGAAAUUCCAUGAACAAAUUUAGUGAAUUGUUUGGUGACAGCAGUAGUUUAAUAACGCCAGAGGACCUGAACCUUGCCACUCGCACGGCGCACGGGCUGCCGGCCGACUGCUGCCCGCCCGCCGCCGAGGAGGCGCAAGAUGCUAUCAUUGAACCUGAAAGUCCAGUCAAAGCACAAACGACAGAAAUGUACCCUAAAGACUUUAAAGAAAGAUUGACAAAGUCCACUGUUGCUGAAGAUAAAUUUAAAAUCAAAGAACCCAAAGAAAAAUCUCGUACAAAACAUAAACAAAAUAUGGAUGACUACGUGGAACAGGUCGGUGACGUAAAGGCACAAGUAGUUACUAUUACUGAAAGUUGUUCAGUGUCAGAAGGAAAUCUUAUGUCAAGUACGAGUAAUUAUACAAACCAAAAGGAAGUUUCAAAACUGAAUGAAAAAGUUAAGGAGUGCUCAAAAAGUAAUAAAAGACCUAAAACCAAAGGUGAAAAGAAAUUGUCAGUUAGUGAACACACGGAAGAGAUCAGUACCAAUAACAUUUAUAUCUCGGAGCCAAAUCCAAACAACUCGCCAACUAUGAGCUAUAAUAAAGAGAAUUCCAGCAGUAAUGGUAACUCGGAAAGAAAUAUCAGUAACGAAAUGGCAAGAAUGAUUGAGAAUCCAAUAGUCUCUAGUAAAAUAUCGUCGACCAAUGCCAGCGAGACUAAUAAGGAAAGGCCACAAUUAAAUGACUCUACAAAAGAAACCAAAUGUAGUAGUGGUGUUAAAGAUGUUCCAAACCUGGCUCCAGUAGUAGAAGAACCGGGGUUAGUGACAACGGUUGUGAUAUCAACGGGUGUUCAACCUAUAGAUUCUAACUCGGCGCAAUAUGUUACGCCAUUCAGUGGUCUGGCCUCAUCUACUCCAGCCAAGGAUUUAUCUGCUAUAAAUACUUCCUCCGAAAUGGAGUCAAAUGUCAGCCAUUCGGCACAAGUAAGUGUGACGAUAUCAAGAGAUGAUUCAGGGUCUCAGACUGAAGAUGUACCUGAUAUGAGAAUAACUUGUUACAGAAGACGAAGAAGAGUGCUAAAGAGAUAAUUUGUUGGGAUUAAGUUUGUAAAUAUUUGCGUUAUAUUAACAGAUAAUAUUCGUCUGUAUGUUGUAUACACUCACGCCUGUCAAGUAAAUAUUUCAGGUCAAUAAUAUUGAUAUCUGGUAGUUUUUUGUGAAAUAUUGACAUUAUUUUAUUUUAAGACAAGUGUGGCACGCAGGAUCGUUCCCCGUACACUCGAAGAUCUCAUUAUAAUGACUUCGCUAUCUGUUCAACAUAACAACGUGUGUUUAAAUUGAUUUGAAUAUUGUAAUUGUAAAUAUUAGCUUAAUAAUGUGUAUAUUUAUUUGUUUUAAAUUCUGUAACACCAGUUCCACACAUUUUUUUUGGAUGCUAGUAUAAAAUAUGCUAGCAACUUUGUAUGAUAUUAACUAUUAACAUUUUGACUUUUUUUUAUUAUAGUUUUGGUGAAUCGGUCUGUAUACUCGUAAUUAAAUUGUCAACUAGUACCUUUCAAAUAAAUGAUUAUUUGGAAAGAGUCUGAACAUAUCAAUUUAUAGGAGGAUGGUAAUAAGCUCAACUUGUAUUAUUGUUCUACUACAGUUAGACCAAGGUAAGUCUGCAACGAUUUUGCAAGCGUUAUUUUAAACGCCAAACUUCUAUGAAAUUAUGACGCAUAAAUAACACUUGCACUGCGUACGUUAUCAAAAUAGUUGCAGACUUAACUUGGUCUAACUCUAUAAACCCUUAAGUUUCCGACAUCUAAAAAGUCAAUUCUGUCUCUUGUCAUUUUAUAAUAAGUACACCUUAAAGUUUUUUAAGGUUGAACAUGUAUUAAAAUGAUAAGAGUCAGGUUUUAUUUCUUAGCUGUCUAGGACUGUAAGCAAACUAUUUUUGAUAGCUACUCAAAUGUAAGUAUUCCACAUAAUACAUACAGAUAUAAUUUUACAUGUAUUUAAUAAAAACA